AUGCCGACGACGACGAUUAGCGUGGCGGCCUCGCUGAUUGCCGCCGGAACGGGUGCGGCCGAUUCCCACCCCUCGUCGCCGCUGCAGCGAUUCGGCCUCUCCAUCGUGCUCUUCUUUCCCCUGUUGGCCGUGCUUGUCGUCGGCCUGCGCGUCUACAGUCGCCUGCAGACCAAGCAGUUCGGCCUCGACGACGGCAUCAUCAUCCUGGCCGCCGUCCUGUCUGUCGCCCAGACGGCCGCCAGCUACAUGUUCAUCAAGACAAACUACGUUGGCAUCCACGCCGACCACGUCCCCGUUGACUACGACGAACGCUCGGCCCUCAUCUGGAAUUUUGUCGUCCAGGUGCUCUACAACCCCAUCCUGGCCCUCGUCAAGACCUCCGUCCUGCUUUUCCUCCUCAAACUGGGCAGCCAGAAGCAGGCCGUCCGCCUCUCCAUUUACGUGCUCAAUACUUUCAAUCUCUCCCUCAUGGUGGCCAUCUUCGUCGUCGUCAUCUUCCAGUGCCGCCCCAUCUCCUUCAAUUGGGACGUUUCCGAGCAUGGCCACUGCAUCAAGCAAGGCGCCUUUUACAUGGUCACCGCCGCCCUCACCAUCCUGACCGACAUCCUCAGUUUGGCCCUGCCCUUCUGGGUCUUUCUCGACCUCAAGUUGCCCCGUCGCGUCAAGGUCGCCCUGCUCUUCGUCUUUCUGCUUGGCGGACUCGUCACUGUCGUCAGCAUCGUCUGCCUCGUCUUCCUCUACAGGGCCUUCUUCCAGGCCCCUUCCUCCGAUCCGACCUACUCUAUCGGCUUCUGCGUCUCGAUCAUCGAGACUAAUCUGGCCAUCAUCUGCGCGUCCGCCCCGUCCCUGCGUGGCCUCUUGCGCGUCUGGUUCCCCCAUUUCUUCUCCUCCAACCGGGCCAACUACGACUAUGACUACCGCUACCCCACCGGCGCCAGUCGCGGCCAGCACCAGAGACAGCAUGGCGGCCGUGCUAGCCACAUUUACGGCAGCGGCAGCGUGUCCACCAAGAUCACGAGCCGGUGGAAGGACAGCAAGGGCAGCAAGCCAGGUGGUGGCGGCAGAAGUGGCGGGAGAAGCGCCGACCGCCGCGCGAAGAACGGGACCAAUGUCGACGACGACAACUCGUACCCCCUCCGGAACCUUCCGGGCACUGAGGUACGCACGCACACCGAAGUGCAGAGUCACUCGAUCAGUUCGAGCGAGGAGGAGAUCAUGACGUACAACGGCAUCGUGCGGACGAUGAACGUCAGCGUGCAGUACGAUAACGAAGAGCACAAUGCCAACCGCGAGCACAGCCAGAGGAGCCGGCCGGGCAGCAGUCUGGGCGAGCGGAGAAGCUUCAGUGGAGGAGUAUAG